AUGAGGAAUGAUCAUUUGGAGGAACCUUCGCUCUCAGCCUGGUUUAAUCCUAAAAUACGUCCUGAUGUUAUAGCAACAACUGAUUGGCUUGCUCCAGUCAUAUGGGAAGGAACUUACAACAGACAAGUUCUAGACAAAUAUUACAAGAGACUGAACAUUACCAUAGGCUUGGCUGUCUUUGCUACUGGAAACUUUACAAAACGGUCCCUGAAACACUUCAUAAAAUCUGCUGAUAAGUACUUCAUGGUUGGCUACAAUGUUAUCUUUUACAUCUCAACUGAUAACAUCUACAGUCUACCGUACUUAGAGUUGGGUCCUCUUCGGUCAUUUAAAACAUUGAGGCUGCCUAAUGGUGAUAACUACCAAGACUGUACUCCCAGAAACAUGAAGAACAUGAAAAGUAAAAUAAUGCAUCAAAUCCAAUAUGAAGUCAACUUUCUCUUCAUUAUGGCCAUGAACCAGAUCUUCAAGAAAGACUUUGGAGUUGAAACCCUGGGCAAAUCUGUAGCUCAACUCCACGCAUGGUGGUAUUUUAAAAAACCCAAAGAUUUCCCUUAUGAGAGGAGAGCUAAAUCAGCAGCUUUUAUCCCCUUUGGGGGGGGAGACUACUAUUACCACAGUGCCAUUAUUGGUGGCACACCCAAUAACAUCUUAGCUUUCAUUAAUCAAUAUCUAAAGGGAAUUACAGACGAUGGCACAAAUAAACUUGACAGCACAUAUGAAAGCCACCUAAAUAAAUAUUUGUUAAUCAAUAAACCCACUAAGCUGUUAUCACCUGAGUACAACUGGGAUCCAAAAUUUAAGACUCCUCCACUAAUAAAGCACAUUAAGAUAGCAUGGCAGCCAUAA